UUAGUGCUGGUUGCAUCGAAAGAAAGGAAACCACCGCCCCGCGCCCUGCUUGCCACAUUCCUCUCCUGCUUGGUCAACAAACUUAAAAAAUCGGUAAUCGUAGCAGCGACUAACGCCAUCAAGCUGGAAGGGAAAGAGCUAAAAGGCUGCAGCGGCACCGCCGUCGCGGGAGGAGGUGGUAGCUCUGUUGCUGGUGGCGGCGGCGGCAGCAACAAUUCCAAGAACCGGAAGUCCGCGUCGAAGAAAAAGGAGAAAGAUACGGAAGUGGCCAAACAGCCAAAAAUGGAUUCACUCCAGACGGACCAUGAGCUUUUUAUGCAAGCCUUUGAAAAACCAACCCAAAUCUACCGUUAUUUGCGGACACGAAACAUGAUAUCUCCUAUAUUUUUGAAUCGUAAUUUAUCAUACAUGCGCCACAGAAUGUCGCGAUCACACAAAACACGAAAUGUCUUCAAGAUCGACUCAAUGUUGGCCCAAAAAAUGAACAAAAUGCGGAAUGACAAAGCAAAUGGAUUGUCGUUGACUGGUGAAUACCUGACGUUGCUGUUUUUGGGCUUUUUUGACCAGAUACACGACGACAGUAUGUCGGAUGAUCAAAAAAUGGCGGAUCUGGGUGAGAACAGCGCCAAAACAGUACAAGUGGAAACAGUUCUGUUGAAAAUUUCUCACAACAAACGUAAAGACAUCUCGUCGGCACUGAUGCAAGUGGCCAUUGGAAAGUCAGAAGUGAUAGUCAAUCCGGUAGAAAAACUAUCGGAGGAUAAGGUGCCUACUAUUAGCAUUGCAACAGAAUCGUUUAGUUCAGUUGGAAUAAAUCAGAUGACGGGACCGCAAUUGUCAUUCCUGUUAUUGUUUAGAGUUCAUAUGCAUUGUAAUUCAGAGAGCAACUACUGCGUUAUUUCUAACGGAGUUGAAGGAUAUGAAAAUGGGGGAAGUGAUGAUGAACCUUCUAGUAAAAGGCAAAAAAUCAGCGGAACCAACAAACUGUUCGGAACGGAAUUAAUCAUUUAUGACAAAUACGGACGGUGUUUACUGAAAGAAGGCGAUUAUGAACUUUCAGUACAAGAAAUAUUGCCACAUCAGCAACAGAUGCAGAAAUAUAACUCGCCGAAGAAAAAUGCGACAUGGGAAACUAUUCAGCCUCUGAACGGUGAUCAUCUCGACAUGGACAUCAUGGAUAUUUGCAAACAAAACGGACUAGACGAUCAGAACCCGAUUGUUAUGUUCAGAAAGUCGCCGAGCCUUAAGUUUCGCUUACAGUGGACAAAAGAAGCACUGCCUGUUCUGGUAGAUCGACCAGAGCCCGUGACGAUAAAUUUGAAUAGCAGCAACGACAAAGAAAAUCAUAAACCUGAAGCUCUUUCAUCUACAUUCAAAAGAAACCUCAGCAUUAACAUAAAUAACAAUAGCAUCCUCACACCUGCAGCAGCCACCGGAAACUCAAAUAUUCCCACUCCUUUGGAUGCCAAUUCCGGUGCACUCGUGCCCCUCGGAGCAACUAAUGCAACUUUAGGUUCAACAGAGCUUAAACUGUACAUCGAUGAACCCAAAAUUGAUCACAUUAUCUAUCAGUUUGUGUAUAACAACAACUCCCGCCAGCAAACGGAAACUAAGUCGGACUUUCAUUGCCCGUGGUGCAGUUUGAACUGUGGCACCUUGUACCCCCUGCUGAAACACCUGAAGCUUUGCCACGCCAGGUUCAUUUUUACAUACAUCCCCAUACCGCCGAGUGGGGCACGUAUCGACGUAUCGAUCAACGAAUUGUACGAUGGAUCUUACAAUGGAUCUCCCCACGAUUUACUCGGUACCGCAAAUGCCUUCUCCCGUCGGGGCCCUAUGCGUCGAACGGUCGUCACAAACCUUCUCGUGUGCAGACCCCGAAGGCAGAAGCACAGCCUAACGGAGUUUAUCGAGUGCGAUGAGACCGAGUUCGACAGCCAGCGACCGUUCAUCACCGGUCACAGCAGAAUGUACCACCACACAAUGACGUGCCUCCCGGUCCACCCGAAAGAGUUGGAUAUCGAUUCAGAGGGGGAAAGCGAUCCGCUGUGGCUGCAGCACAAAACAAUGCAAAUGAUCGAUGAGUUUACCGACGUGAACGAAGGCGAGAAGGAACUAAUGAAAAUGUGGAACCUACAUGUGAUGAAGUACGGCUACGUUGGCGAUUGCCAAAUUCCAAUUGCGCUGGAUAUGUUCAUCGACUGCCGGGGAAGGGAUCUUCUCAGGAAGAACCUUUAUCGCAACUUUAUACUUCACGUGUGCUCAAUGUUUGAUUUCGGACUGGUGUCUCCCGAGGUGAUGCAGAAAGCCAUUAGGAAACUACAGAAUUUGUUGUUUGAAAAUCCGGAUCUUCAAAAGCAAGUAGCUACAUCUCGAAAAGAUCAGAUGGAGUACUGGAAUACUGUAACCGUGCACAAGCAGGUCCUACCAAAGACGGAGAAGGCAACGGAUAGAGCUGGCGCAGGCGCAAGCGGAACUCCGUCCACUCCAUCCCAUAAAUCUGGCUCGUCAGGUUCCGGAGGCGACAAAAGGGUCAAACCGACCAUAACACCUGCCAAAAAUGUCCUCUCAAUAGCGGCGGGUACUGCGUCAAGUAGUUCCGCAUCGACUAUUGAUAAAAAUGCCAUUUCACAAUCCCGUCGUCGAAGUGCCAGUGCUGCGCUUCAUUCCAAUUCAUCAUUAGCCAGCAACACUGCCAACAAAGACACCCAUCAUUCAUCCGCUCACCUCAAUUCAUCUCAAUCGUCUUCUUAUCACUCCAACAAACGAUCGUCCACCACUGCUACCAACAGCAGUGGUAAUGCCACCAGGAGCAGCAUCGGCAGUGGUAAUAGCGGCAGCAACAGUACCAUCAAAACCUCCUCUAUUACAACAAGAAGGAAAUCUCUUUCCGUAAGUACCCAGAGGAAACGGUCCAUCAAUUGACCUUGGUUUUAAUUGCUGUGUGGGCGCUUGUUAUGAUGUAAUAAACUGUUAACAGAAACUGCCUAAUCUGCCACUUAGUUGGCUUUCUUAUGCCUGAGGUAGAAGUAAAGUCGAUCUUAAUAUCAAAGAAGGGUCUUGGAAGCGAAGUUAGGGUGUGUGCGAUGUGUGUGAGGAGCGCAACGAAGGAUGAACGCGUAAUCUAUUUGCAUUAUUAGUGAUAAGAAAUAUGAUAGAACGAUUUGGGUGUGUAUUCGUUCUUGAAUAUGUAUAGAACAAUGGAUAUGGAAGUGACAGAUGUACCGAUUCUAGCAAUCAGGUUUUAGAUUAAAAGAAUUGAACAACAAACGAGUUGUAGAACCAAGCCGACAGAAUUAGUUGAAAUGGAAAAUAGGACUGAAAGUAAAAUGUUCAUUAACUCAAGGAACUGUACAAGUCUAAAAGUGUAAGUCAGUCUGAUACUGUAAAUGUAUAAAAUUAAGCUAAGGGGGUUUAUUUCACAUCGUAUAUGUCAAUACAGAUGCUAAGAGUACUACAAACAUGUUUGUCCUUUCUGUAAAAUUCGUCAACCCAGGAACAAAAUAGAAUGUGCAUGUAUUUUUUGAAAAUGGUAUAACUUUAAGACAGUAAAACACUCAGAUAAAGUUAAGAAAACAUUAUAAACAAUAACCAAAAACAUCAAAUCAGGUAACAGAUACAAAUGAGGAUUUCCUUUUGAUUUCACAGUGUUGUCUAAUGGCUGUUUCCAACAUGUUUUCAAAACCGUUCUGUUACCGAUGAAAUCAUGAAGGUGGUUUGUUUGUAUGACUGUUGAAGUCAUAUCGAUGUGCAUGAACGCUUUUUAAUUUCUUUUAAAUCUGUUGAGAGCACAACUCGAAAAUUACUCCAUUCUGUUAAAUUGCGUAAUUUGAGUAUUGCAAUAAAUUUCGGUAGUUGAUAUUUUA